UUAAUCUGUAAAUUUGAAUUUAAUCACAAGGACAUCCCACAUGGUGUCUCAUGUUCCUCAGUAUCUACAGCAUCUCCAUGAUGGUGGCUUCCCAUUGUCCUUUGCCUGAGUUUGGAGAGGGAUGUCAGUAUCACCCAAUCCACCUGGCCUUGGAGUCCUCUCUGGCAGCUUCUACCUGCACAUCUCAGUAAAUGGAACAUGUGACCCUCUUGGUUCUGUGGCCCACUCACUGUUGGAGACCUUGUGCUUUUUUGACUUGCAGCCUAGACACCCAUCCCUUUCCAGAUGGCUUCAACUCUGCAGCCUUUCUGAGAGCUUGUCACCCCUUCCCUAAGACCACUCUACUGAUCCUCCUCCUCCAAGUCUUUCCUUUUCAGCCUUUUUUGCAGCCACCUUAUGUGGGGCUGACUUGAGCUCCUCCAUCUCUAACCUAUCCACAGCCCCUCACUGCUGGGACCUUGGAGUUCAUCUCAGGAACACACCCUCUUCUUGCUGCCUCCAUUGCUGUAGCCUGGAGGGUGUUUGUCAGCUGGGAGAGCUAGGCAGGGAGUGGACACAGUGAGUAGGAGGAAAGUACACUUCCUUCUUCCUAGGGGAAGGGCAGAGAUAUGCAGAGGGAGCAGCACAGUCUGAGUUGGACCUGAAAGGCUACUGUAGCAAUUUUCAAGGUGCCAUGGAAGAAGCAAGCAUUCCAGCACUGGCCCGUGUUUGUGGAGGUUAAAGACCUUUUGACAUUGGUUCCACCCCUAGUGGGCCUGAAGGGGAACCUAGAAAUGACACUGGCAUCACGGCUCUCCACAGCUGCCAACACUGGACAAAUUGAUGACCCCCAGGAGAAACACAGAGUCAUCAGCAGCAACCUUGCCCUCAUUCAGGUGCAGGCCACUGUUGUGGGGCUUCUGGCUGCAAUGGCUGCCCUGCUGCUGGGUGCCAUGUCUAGAGAGGGGUUAGACUUGGCCAAGGUGUCACUGUUGUGUGCCAGCAGCGUCCUCACUGCCUUCCUCGCAGCCUUUGCCCUAGGAAUGCUGAUGGUCUGUAUAGUGGUUGGUGCUCGAAAACUGGGGGUCAACCCAGACAACAUUGCCACACCCAUUGCAGCCAGCCUGGGAGACCUCAUCACACUGUCCAUUCUAGCUUUGCUUAGCAGCUUCUUCUAUAGACACAAAGACACCUGGUAUCUGACACCACUGGUCUGCGUUGGCUUCAUGGCUCUCAUCCCCCUGUGGGUCCUCAUUGCCAAGCAGAACCCCCCAGUCAUGAAGAUCCUAAAGUUUGGGUGGUUUCCAAUCAUUCUUGCCAUGGUUAUCAGCAGUUUUGGAGGGCUCAUCCUGAGAAAAACCAUUUCUAAGCCCCAGUACAAAGGCAUGGCCAUAUUUACCCCUGUUGUGUGUGGUGUUGGUGGUAACCUGGUGGCCAUUCAGUCCAGCCGGAUAUCCACUUACCUGCAUAUUUCGAGCACUCCUGGGGUCCUACCUCUCCAGAUGAAAAAAUUCUGGCCUAACCCAUGUUCUAUUUUUUGCACCUCAGAAAUUAAUUCCAAGUCAGCCCGAGUCCUGCUCUUUCUGGUGGUCCCAGGCCACCUGAUUUUCUUCUAUAUGAUCUACCUGGUGGAAGGUCAGUCGGUGACCAACAGCAAGACCUUUAUGUUGCUGUAUCUGCUAGCAGGCCUGAUCCAGGUAAUAAUUUUGCUGUACCUGGCAGAAGUGAUGGUUCGGUCGACCUGGCACCAGGCCCUGGAUCCUGACAACCACUGCAUUCCAUACCUUACUGGGCUGGGGGACCUGCUAGGAACUGGCCUCCUGGCGCUCUGCUUCCUUAUCAACUGGGUACUGAGGGGCAAAGCAGAGCUGGAUGGCAUCUCAGAACUGGCCCCUGGACCUCCGUGACUGAUCCCAGCAGCUCCUGUGGCUCAUAAUUGUCCCUCACAACAGGGUACAGAAUGCGGUCUCUCCCUUGCUGGUCCUCAGGAUGGUUGACAGCCUGCCUCUGCAUUGGCCUCUGCAGUGGCUAAACACACUCACAUAAACCUUGACUUGGGUUGGUAGCUGAGCCCUGAGAUCAGGAGCCUUGUUUGUGAGUGUAUGAAUGUGUGUUUGCGCAUGUGUAAGCAAAGCAGAGUGUUCUGGCCUGAAGACAGCUCAGGAAAAGGUGAGUCUAGUGUGCUUUGGCAGGUGUGCAUGCCUUGGUUCAUGCCUGUGCAGCCAAGAUUCAGAUAGAGCAAGAGGGAGCUCCUUUGUGUCCCCAAGACUCAGGAUUACACUGUAGGCUUAACUGCUGUCUUCACUAGGUUCCAGCUCGAUGGGCCACACUCCUGGUGGCCGUACAAAUGUGUGUACCCUCUGUGAGCCAGGCUUUACAUUCCUCUCCUUUGCUCUCAGCAUUUAAGUUUGUUGCUGCUUUCUUUUUAUUUGCCUUUUUUUUUUUAAAGCACAACCUUCUAUUUAGGUUUCAGUGAUCAGAGAAGUGUAAAAUAAAACAUGAUAUUGUACUUGG